UCUACAUUCAAUUUUCUUUUGGCUUUUUUCACUUACAUGAUACUAUGGAAUUGCAAAUUUUUAUAUAACUGGGAAACUGGGUUCUCUGGGCAUGUUUAAUCACCCAAACAUUUAUCAUUUUCACCUCUCAAACUUGCAUCACUUACUAGCAUUUGCCUGCCUCAUGCUAGUUUUGCUUUGGACCAGAAUUUAUUCAUUGAUUAAAACAAUUAUUAUGAGUUCCCCUUUGGUUGUUACUUAUCUUUUGUUAUUUUCUUUCUGCCACCUAAAUAGCAAAAGCUUAGCAAGUGGUAUGAAGUAAUGAAUUAAAAAGCGACAUUGGUUCUAAGGAAAUUGUUUUAUAAGCUAAAAUCAUGCGUUUUGGUCUCCAAAAAUGUUAUUUAUCAAUUUGUACCUUAGCUUUUCACAUAAGGAGGCAGAUUAAUUAUUUGUUUGUAGAUAAGGAAGAAAUGUAAGGCACAACAAUAUUGUGUUAAGUUUGAUUUUUAUAGGCCUGCAAGACUGAUUCUUUGAAUAUGUAAUUAGUGGUUUAAGGGUUAUUUCCAACUUCUGCUCCGUUUUCACACGGAUUAGUAUUCUUUUUCAGCUUAGUUAAAAUUGUAUUCAUUAGAGCCAUUUAGUUAGAAGUGAAUGAAAAAGCUUUAAGAUGAUAGGCUUGGAAGGUGCUAAAGGUGAAUGUUGUGAGCUUUCGAAAUCUCUUUGAGCUAGGGAGUUCCAAAGUUGAUGAGUACAUGAUAUGAUUCCCUUUUCUAGUAAUUUACUUCCAAGAACACUCACUUAGUUUCUGAAUCUCACAGUUUAUAAAAAUUUAAAUCAAACUAGGAGUUGAGUUGUUAGUUGCAUAUAAUUGGUUAUAUUGUGGCCUAAUAGCUGAGGAGAAAACAUGAUACGAGGAGAAAGCGAAUGCAAAUGGGUGAGUUCAGUGCACAGAUGGUGGUGCUGCGCUGGAAAAGUGCAGCAUAAAAAUCCUUGGCAAAUCAAGAGAAAUGGAAUACAUGUGUGUGUAUGUCUAUAUAUUGAUGCAUAUGUAAAAAGUGGAAUGGUUAUUGGACUGGGGUCUGGUCAAGCUUCAGGCAUGGCCAUAGAAUAUUUGGGUCAGCAACUUCGUGCAGGUGCAUUAAAAGACCUAGUAGGGAUACCCACGUCUGUAGUGAGUGCAAGUGAGGCAGCAAAGGCAGGAAUCCCAUUAGGAGAAUAUGAAAACAGUUCUCAAGGUUGCUUUUUGCAGAUUGAUUUUGCAUUUGAUGAUGUUGAUAUAAUAGAGGAAAGAACACUAAUUUCAGUCAUUGGACGCCGAAGAUUGCAAGGUGAGGAGUCCAUAAUCCAAGAGAAGUUGGUGGUAAGCAUGGCUGAUCAGCUUGUAUUCAUGGUUAAAGAAGAUCUAUAUAAAUGUGGUUUAGAAGGUUCUAUUCCAGUUCUAGUAGAAUCUCUCAACUGGUUGGAAACUGCUGAAGAGAUUGAUGACCUAUUUUUAGGUGAUGCAGAGGUAUGGAGGAGACCAUCUAUAGGACACGCAGAUCCACUUGGAGGUGACUUUCCAUUAGUUACUAGAGAAGGUCAUAGUGUUCUUGAUGUCAUCUUUACAUCUCCAAUAGCCAGUCUUGCUGAAGUUGCUGAAAGCCUUGAAAAAGUUGAUGGUGUUGUAGACCAUGGAGUUGUUUCCAAAUUCCCAUGCAAAGCAAUUGUUGCUUCUGAAAGUGGGUUGUCAAUUGUUGAUAAUGUUCCAACAAACACAGUUGGAGGAGUUUAAUCAAGCAAGCUUGCCACAUAGACUAUUGCAGGAUAGUUCUUGCAUGUACAAUUAUAAAUGAAAUAUUGGUAUAAACUUCUCCUUCUGACAGAGAGAAUCCUCAAGUUUUUCAUUCAAUAUCGCUAGCUUUUUGUCUUUCUCUCCAUAGUCAAACUCGUGACUCAAGUUGCACAUUGUGGAUGUUGAUUUUUGUUUUUUGAUAAUAUGGAUGUUGAUUUUGUUUA